CAAUACACAAACUCAACAAAGAGCGAGAAAGAGAGCGAAGAGUCGUGAAUAAAUAAACAUCUUCUCUUCCUCUCCAUUUUACUACUCCAUUGUUUUCUUUUAUUUUUAGUAAAUAGUAAAAUAUAUAUUUUCAAGAAUGGCUUCGGAAGCUGACGUGGCCGCCGUGGAAAACCUCCAGCAACCGUUACUUGAGCCAGCGAAGUCUGAAGUUGAUUUCAGGAUGGAGAGUGUGUUAACGGACACUCAUAUGCCUUAUCUCCGGCGGAUUUAUUACGCGGGGUUGAUCGAGCUGACAUUUCUCUUCCACCUGGCGGCUCCGGCGAUCUUUGUCUACGUCAUCAAUAAUGGCAUGUCUAUGCUCACUCGUAUCUUCGCCGGAAGAAUGGGAAGUAUGCAACUCGCCGCAGCUUCUCUCGGAAACAGUGGUUUCAACAUGUUCACAUUUGGUCUCAUGCUUGGAAUGGGAAGUGCAGUGGAAACAUUAUGUGGACAAGCGCACGGAGCUCACAGAUACGAGAUGCUCGGAGUCUACCUACAAAGGUCAACGGUGGUUCUUUUUCUCACCGGACUUCCCAUGACAAUACUCUUCAUCUUCUCCAAACCUAUCCUCACUUCACUAGGCGAGCCAGCUGAUGUAGCAUCAAUGGCUUCCAUCUUUGUCUACGGUAUGAUCCCAAUGAUCUUCGCUUACGCUGCCAACUUCCCUAUACAAAAGUUCCUCCAGUCACAGAGCAUCGUGACCCCAAGCGCUUACAUCUCAGCCGCCACACUCGUCAUUCACAUACUCCUCUCUUGGCUAGCCGUGUUCAAGUUCGGGUGGGGCUUGAUUGGUCUCUCUGUGGUACAUAGUCUCUCGUGGUGGAUCAUUGUUAUUGCUCAGGUUUUGUAUAUUAAGGUGAGUCCAAGAUGUCGCCGGACUUGGACUGGUUUUAGCUGGAAAGCUUUUGAUGGUCUUUGGGACUUUUUUCGGUUAUCGGCUGCCUCAGCGGUCAUGCUCUGCCUUGAGUCUUGGUAUGCUCAGAUUCUUGUUUUACUCGCUGGACUUCUAAAGAACCCUGAACUGGCCUUGGAUUCUUUAGCUAUCUGCAUGUCAAUUUCUGCAAUCUCGUUCAUGGUCUCCGUUGGAUUCAACGCAGCUGCCAGUGUGCGAGUUAGUAAUGAAUUAGGCGCUGGAAAUCCAAGAUCAGCAGCAUUUUCAACCGCAGUAACUACGGGAGUAUCGUUUUUACUAUCACUGUUUGAAGCCGUACUGAUCCUCUCGUGGCGCAAUGUCAUCAGCUACGUCUUUACAGACAGUCCAGCGGUUGCUGAAGCUGUAGCCGAGCUCACUCCUUACUUGGCUAUUACCAUAGUUCUCAAUGGAGUUCAACCUGUUUUAUCUGGUAUAAAUAUAAUAUAUUAUUUAAAACCACUCUUCAAAACAGCUAUCAGUGAAAUAAGUUGAUAAAUGAUUACUAAUAAAGUUUGAUUAAAACAGGUGUGGCCGUGGGAUGUGGGUGGCAAGCAUUUGUGGCGUACGUUAACAUAGGAUGUUAUUACAUUGUGGGUAUUCCUAUUGGUUAUGUUCUUGGUUUCACCUAUGAUAUGGGAGCUAAGGUGAAUUUCUUCUUUAAUUAGUUUUUCCAUAAUCUAUAUUCUAAUUAAUGAUUGAUUGGUGUAAAGUGAAAUUAUAAUUAAAUGGUUAAUGAUUUGCUGCAGGGAAUAUGGACUGGAAUGAUUGGGGGUACACUCAUGCAAACUAUCAUCUUACUCAUUGUCACUUUCCGAACUGAUUGGGAUAAAGAGGUAUAUUCCUAAAUAAUAAAUAUCAUUUUUGUUUUCCUAAAUACAACAGUUAGUUAUAUGUCUAACUUUGGCUUAGUAUAUGUUUCUUACUGAAUGAAAUUUUAUAAUUUCAGGUAGAGAAGGCUUCGAGAAGAUUGGACCAGUGGGAAGACACCCAAACGCCUCUUCUUAAGCAGUAAACAUUUUUUUUCAAUUUUGGGGGAGUAGAGGUCAAUUUUAGUAUAUUAUUUCUUAUAAUUUUCCCCCAAAUUGAGUUUAAAAGGAUAAAAACCUCAUUUGUUAAUCAAGAGAUCUGCCAAUCUGUUGAGAUGAAUGAAUUGGAAAAUCGAUAGUUUUCUGAGGGGGUUUGAGUGAAGAGAAAAGAGUCAAGGUACAUUUUAAAAGGAAGUAAAUGAGGUUGAAAUGAUGUAUUGUGUGGAAGAGUGAAUUUGUUGUAAACGUUUCUUGUAUGAAAUAAUCAACUGGUAUAAACAUUGGUUUUACUUUUAUGGUACACAACAUUUUCCUUGGCAAUCCUGCCAAACCUAUGAUUAAGUUCACGGUUUCGAUGUCCAUUUAUAUCUCUGUCGACUUAAUAAUCUGUUUUUUUUUUGUCACACUAACAAUUAUAUUAAUCGAGAAAAAGUUU